UAUAUUAAAGAUAAUGAAUCGGUCAAUGAAACUAUAUUUUGCAUUUCUUAUCUUUGUUAAGGCAAAAGAAAAAUAGAACCCUAUUUUCAGAAACUCCAAAAUAUACCAAAAAUUUCUUCCACAAAGUCCCCUAUCACUUCUAUCCCCAUAAAGACUCCACAAACUUCUCUUUUGCCUUCACCCUUCCAAAAUAAAUAUUGGCAUCCUUCUCAAAUAAUCUUUGUACAAAGAAAAUAAUAAAUAAAAAAGAAGAACGAAAAGACAACAAAUAUUGUUGGGAGUUCUCUCUUCUAUCUCAUCUGCUUGAGAUAGAAAUCGGAAGUCCCUCUAUUUGUUGUUAAAAUAAUUUGUAGUUUUCUUCCAAGAACAUCAAAAUGGUUUUCAGUGGGACAACCGACAAAUGCAAGGCCUGCAACAAGACCGUUCAUUUCAUCGACAUGAUCACUGCCGAUGGGAUCUCUUAUCACAAGACUUGCUUCAAAUGCAGUCAUUGCAAUGGGAAACUUGUGGUAUGAAAAUGGUUUAGUAUUGAUUUCUCUUUUCAUAAGGAUUUGUAUCAACGCCUCAACCUAAUGUAAUUGGAUCGCAUAAUCUCGUGAUCUGGGCUAUUAAAUGACCAUGCAGGAUGAUAUAAUUUGUAAGUAAUAUUAACAUUUAAUUUUAACAUUUGAGAUCGUGUAUUGCAAUUCAAUGAUAUUAGCAUCUCCCCCGUCUGCAAGAUAACCCGAUUGCUAGUUUUGGUUAGACAUCCAUUGCACAACAUUGAACAUCAUAAAAAUUCUUUUUCCUUUUGUGGUUAGAUGGGAAACUACUCAUCUAUGGAUGGAGUUCUGUACUGCAAGCCUCAUUUUGAGCAAUUGUUCAAGGAAACAGGAAGUUUCAGUAAAAAUUUCCAAACAGGUAACUAGUACUCCAUUAUUUCUUACUCUAUUACUUCUGAUCUUUCUUAAUUAAAGAUUUUGUUGUCCCUCUUGUACUUCUUCCUUGUUUGUGUGUGUGUGUGUUUUUUUUGUGCUCUCCCGUUUGCUAAUUGUGCGUUUUCUUCAUGAACUUGAUGCAUCAUAUCCAGCUGGUGAAAAGAAAACCGGUCAGGUAAUCACAAGUUAAAAACUGUUUUAUUUGGUCGUUAAUUAUGGAUUAUUUUGUUCCUUUUGAAUUAGAGUGGUCCCUAAAUCAUGAUUUAAUUUGGUUACUAUUGCUCUGUGCAGGGUGCAACUCCAAACAAGGUUGCUUCCAUGUUCUCCGGCACCCAGGACAAAUGUGCCACCUGCCACAAAACUGUCUACCCCUUGGAGAAGGUUGCUUCUAAUUUCAGUCACUAGCUUAUCUAAUAUCGAUCCAUCUAGUAGCUUAAUAUGAGCGAAAAAGUCAUAUUAAUACUUACGGUUAGAUCUCAUUGAAGAAUCUUCUCAAGAUAUAUUCGCCACGAGAUUUAAAUCUAAUUACUCGUGAAUCUUUCAAUAAGAAGAAAGAAAAAUACAAGAAUUAUCCUAAACUAUUUGCACCCAUUAAUCUAUCUUCUAGUAUGUAUAGUACUUAACCACUUUCUUACAUGCCCUUUUAAAGGAAAGCCGAAUUAAGGGUUUGAAGUUUACACAGACAUUUCCAUGCUAUAUGCUUUAAGACAACGAUUAAUAUUGAAGGUCGUGGGGACUUGAAUACGUGACCUAAAUGGCAAACCAACUCUAAUACUAUAAACCAAAAGGAGUCCAUAACACUUAACCACUUUCUUACAUCUCCCAUAAUAAUGUCCUUCUCAAAGAUUAGUCGUAUAAUUGAUAUGGAAUACAACUAUUAUAAAAAAGAGUUAUUUUUCCCGACUAAAAGAAUUGUCGCCAAAAGCAAACAGGUGGUUAACAAAGCGUUUUAGCGACCAUAUUUAUUUCGGUGAUUAUUUGUUACAAAAGUCUGUUUUUCUAAUAAAUUAAGUGAACGGCUAUUUGCCGCCAACCAAAUUGCUAUUUGCCGCCAACUAAAAAAAAAAAAAUUUGAAUUCAAAUUUUGAAUUUUCCCUCCCUUCCCUUCCUUUCAUUCUAUAAAUUCGGAUAUCAGGAACAUUUGGCUCAUUCCAACAAAAACUUCUGUUGACGAGCCCAGUGCCUCCGUUGCCGGCACCGUUCUUCCGUCGUCGGCUAACCUCCCGUCGCCCUCAAUCGUCGGAAAACAAAUAAGUUGACUUAUUCCGGUCAGUUUUCCGGCGAAAAACACGGUGGGCCGAAAAAAAAUAGCGGCCGGAGCGACGUCGGGCAGAAAAAAAUUUGAGGCCGGUACGACGGCCGAAAAAUUCUUUCGGCCCGGCGACGCCUCGGCCGCAAAUUUUUUUCGGCCGGUCGCCGAACACGGCGGCCAAAAUUUUUCCGACGGCGUGUUCGUCGGCCCGCCGAAAAAAAUUUGCGGCCGGAGCGUCGCCGGGCCGAAAGAAUUUUUCGGCAAAUUUUUUUCUGCCGGUCGGCCAAAAAUUUUCCGGCGCCGUGUUCGUCGGCCGGCCGAAAAAAAUUUGAGGGCAGGAACGUCGCCGGGCCGAAAGAAUUUUUCGGCCGGACGGCGCACCAGCCGCAAAUGUUUUUUGGCCCGGCGGCGCACCGGCCGCAAAAUUUUUUCGGCCCGACGUCACUCCGGCCACAAAUUUUUUUUGGCCGGCCGACGCACCGGCCGCAAAAUUCUUUCAGCCCGGCCAGUUUUUGUAUUUAAUUUAAUUUAAUAUGAUAAUUAAUUAGCAAUUAGUGUUAAUAUUUAUUUAAGUUGGUGUAUAAAUGUUUUUUUUGUAAUAGGCGUUUGAAAGUUUAAUUACUUAGAAUUAGUUAAUGGGAGGAACCAGGGUGCUCCAUCGAGAGUGGUCUCGGCUGAUUUUGAUGAGGACGAUAAUGAUGAGGAUAUCGAGGUCCCUCCACCUACGCGUGGACAUGGACGAGGGCCGUCUUGUACAGCAACAUCACGUCCUGCUAUGUAUAGGGACCGAGCUGGGCGAUUCGUACCACCUACUCGUCAGGAGACAGAGAGCUCGGGGACUGAACGGAGUAGGGGAGGACGUUCGAGUGGUCCUCCACCGUGGGAGCUUGUUGGUGAGUGUCCUGGUGGACCUACGGAUCCUAGCCUCAUUCGGAGCUUUCGUGGCCACGUUGCCUAUGCGCUUUGGACGGGGGCUGGAGAUCGAGGGGUCAUCAGUUGCUACAGCCGUACAUCGGCGGUUUCUUAUCUGAGUAGCUACGUGUUUAGUCAUGUUCAGGCGGAGGAUCUGGUGGCGCAGUCAGGUCUCCAACACCUGAUCUACUCUAUGUUCCGCAAGAUAGCGAUUGACGAGGCUUUGAUCUCAGCUUUUGUGGAGAGGUGGCAGCCAGACACGACUUGUCACUCCCACUAUGACCCAUGUGUUUGGACCAUCCUUUUGCCAUACUUCCUUUAUACAUAUCUGAAACUGGCAACCAGUACCCUUCGAACUAAUAUUCCCACGCGUCUCCUUCGUAGGGUCUGGUUUAUAAGACUUAACGAUCCUACUACUUCUGUCGCAAUACAUACAGAGGGCAGUAACAGGAUGUAGUCCAGCAGUAUUCGGUUUCCAUGCUCCUCUAACAAUAAAGAACCCACACUCCUGAGCGAUUGUUCUUGCAGCUAACUCAGCUAACUUCACACUUGCAUAAUGGAUCCCAUUCUCAAAUUCCUGUGUGUAAUCAUGAUCGGCCGGUAACAACUCUGACAUUUUUCCUACAAUUACAAUAUAAUACAUCAAUAUUC